AGAAUGAUGUAUUUUGAUUGGUUGACCUAAUGUGGUGUCAUUCUGUCAAAACAACAACGAUGGCCGAUCAGCUAGGUUGGACGUAUGGAGCUGACGGUUUUCCUGACUUGGGACCAGACUUUUUGACUUCAAAUUCCUAUGGCAACGGCAAUUUAGAAGAUAUUGAUGAUAUUGUCAAGUUCAUUUGUCCUGAUGGAAAUUCAGACUAUGCAUUCGAUACAGUUCAGGACCCAUUGAAUACAGACAUUUUGUUUCAAGAUCCACAUUUAAACCUGUCACAAUCCCAAGUUGUGAAGGAAGAACCAUCUGAUUUUGAGCUGGGUGAGCAGCUUUUGCUUUCUCAUCUACAGCCAACAAGUCAGCAGUGCAACAAUGAUGUGAACUUGAUGUUUAAUAAUGAUAAUCUCUUUGACACUUUGUCAGUGACUACUGUACCCCAAACACAAUGUGUUAAUACUCCAAUCAGCAGUGCUCAGAAGCUUCAACAAGUAGCAUUGGCAGCAAAUACCCAGAGUCAACCAACACAACAGAAUUCUUUGCAGUUGCUACAGUUGCUUCAACAGCACCAACAACAAAGACAACAACAGCAGCGGCAACAACAGAGGCAGCAACAGAAAGUAACUUUAACAAGUGAACACCUUAAAUUGUUGCUUUUACUAGAAAUUCAAAGACAAAACAAUGCUAAGAAUGCAUUGGCUCAACAGCCACAACAGCAAACUACAGUUGAUCCAAGGACUGUUAUGCAGCUUUCCCAGUUGCAAAGUCUUCUCAAGGGUAUGGACAGCACUGCUGUUGCACCGCAGCAGUUGUCUGUGCCUCAGAGCCUGGGACAAACAUCCAGUCCUAUCUGCAUACAGAGCCAGUCCUCUGUCACCACCCUCCAGCACAGCUCCUCACCCACAUUUAUCCAGACAACAUCCCCCAUAUCUAUCAAGCCAAGCCUGUCACCAUUGCAAGUGCAUUCAAGCUCACUUGAUCAAAAACCUGUACACACCCUACAGACCAUGAUGAAAAGUGGCAGCACAAUUGUUACAGCAAACAUCCCAAUUCAAGUGGUAGAGAAUGAGAAAAUCCCAAUCAACAGACUGAACCAAACCAAAGUGUCUGGGAAGCCAGUGAAAGGGGAGAAGAAAACAUCUCACAAUGCCAUAGAAAAAAGAUACAGACUAAGUAUCAAUGACAAAAUCACUGAGCUGAAAGACCUAGUUGCUGGGACAGAAGCCAAGCUCAACAAAUCUGCAAUUCUUCGCAAGGCCAUAGAUUACAUCAAUCAUUUGAAAAACCACAAUGAACGUCUCAAGAAGGAAAAUUUACAGCUGAAAAUGGCUGCUCGAAAACAAAACCUGCAAGAGCUGCUGCAGUUAUCACAGGACACGUCAAUGGACGACCUGGGUUACAUGACGCCACCAACUUCAGAUGUUAACAGUGAUACCGACAUUUCUUCACCAGGCAGUCCAGCUUAUGAUGAAAUGGACUCAUCCCAGAGCCCCAUUACAAGUUUUGGUACUGGUGGAAUGGCCGACAAGACCAGGUUUACAUUGUGUGUGUUUAUGCUGGGGGUUCUCGCAUUCAACCCAUUUGGUGCCAUUCUGAGUUCUGUGGGAGUCCACCAUGGGGCCACAUACGAGUCCGGUUUUGCAGGCAGACAACUUCAAGCCUCUGUUGACUUGAAUUCUGAGAGCUGGAGUGUGUUGAACACUGGUCUGCUGUCCACGGUGGCCAUGUGGUUGGUGAAUGGUCUGGUGGUGGCAUGGGUGCUGGCCCGCCUCUUCAUCUACGGGGAACCAGUCACCAGCAAGAACAGUGAGGCAGCGGUAGCGUACUGGAGACACAGUCACCAGGCAGAGCAGGACACAGCCAGGGGAGACUACAUAUCUGCAGCCAACCAAUGGAAGCUGGCUCUACUAGCCCUCAGACGCCCCUUGCCCACCUCGAAACUGGAUCUGGCAGCCAGCAUGCUCUGGCAGUUGGUGAGACAGGUCCUGCACAAACUGUAUGUGGGGCGCUGGCUGGCAGCGUCCGGCCUUCACAUCUGGAGGCAGCUGGAUGACGUAUCAGACAGGAAGAACUCUGCCAAACAAGCAGCACUGGCCUACUUUAGGCUUCAUCAGCUGCACUUAGCUGGUUUGAUCCCAGGCAGUGAUGUAUGGGGUGUCAACCUGGGCCUGUGUGCAGUGAACAUGGCCGAGGCAUCAGGAGAGGCCACGCCCCCUGCUGUCAAGGCAGAGGUCUACACUUCAAUUGCACUGAGACUGUCCGUCGGAAAGCUUAAGUGGUUCUCUCGCUACUUCUUGAGCCUUGCUCGAGCCACGAUGUCUCACAGCAGAGAGCAGAUCCCAGGCAGCCUCCAGUGGCUGUGUCAGCCUGAGGGACACCGCUUCUAUGUGGACCAGGACUGGACACUGGGCUCUAAAGACACCAUGUUCACAGGAAGCCCACCAGAAGCGGACCCAUUUUCCCAGGUGACUCAGCAGUUUUGUGAGCACCUUCUGGAGCGUUCCUUACACGCCCUUACAGGUGCUGGGUAUCACAGCUGUGAGAAUGGUGGCGGCCUGACAGAGGUGCUCCUGUACAGCCAGCUCAUGACUGAGGUGUCCCAGCAACACCACCGGGACACUGUCCUCACCGUGACAUCAGCCUUCAAGAACUCUGAAAGUGCUGAGGUGACCAAGUGGUGGGCAGCAGUUACAUCAGUGGCUGCAUACUGGCUGAUUGGCGACGAUGAGAAUGUAGAACGAUGUUACCAACUGAUUGAUGCUUUCCCACAAAAAUUAUAUCAUUCAGAGGACCCUCUACCACGGUGUGUGUUGGUAUGCUACCGUGCUAGGAGGAACCUUCAGUGUGCCCGGUCUCCCAGUCAGCUUGCAGGUGUGCUGCGCCAGUGUGACCGUGCUGGCAGGCUCCUCAGAGAGACACUGAAACUCUCCUACACCUCCCAGAACACCGCCAUUGUACAGUCCCUGGAGCUGCUGGUCUGUGACUGGCUACUGGCCACCAGGACAGAGGUAUGGGAGCGCAAGCAGGAGAGCGGUGACAGUUGUGCCCAAACCGAGCUCAUUGCCUUCCAGCAGGACUUGGCCAGCCUUCGCACCAUCGUACAGACGGACAGGGCCGCGCUGCCCAGGGUAUUCCUUCAUGAGGCAACUAGCCGUAUGAUGGCUGGUGCUAAUCCUGCUCGCACCCAACAACUCUUGGAUAGAAGUAUUAUUCGAAGGCGCAUAUCACAAGAGGACAAAGACGUGUCCAGUGACGACUGUGAGGGAGACUGCCCAGACAGGGAGCAGGCUGCGGCCCUCCUGCUGGCCGGAAGACACCUGCCCGAGCCCCUAAUGGCCUGCCCUGGGGACCGUGCCACACUCAUCUCAGAGGCCAGCCGCCUGUACGAGGCCCUCGGGGACCGCAAGUCUGUGCAGACCUGCAGGAAGAGCCUUGGACUGCUUGAGGCAGGCCCCACCGAUGUGCACAAACACGCAAUUGAGUGCUAGGGUGGACAUUAUGCUGAUAGUCUACUCGGUAUACACACCAAAGUGUUUAGGGGGAAAUCACUGAAGCCAUUAUACAGGCAGUGUACAUCCUUAGUGUGAGGGAGAAGACAGGCUUCUGUACAGACAGUCAAAUUGCAGUGCACGUCCUUUCAGAGUGCAGAGGAUAAUCAAAAGGCUUGACAGCUGCCAAAUAACCACAUUGCAGUCCCCACAAAAUGUACGAACAUAUGUUGCGUGCUUGGGCAAAAACACUAAAAUUUUAAGUGCAAGACAGAUUUUAAUGUAUUGUUAUUGCUUUAUUGUCAACUUGUGUGCAAAUUCCUUUAAAUUGUGAUUGUUUCUUUUUUAAUGGAUCAUGUCAUUUUUCACUGUUCAUGCAGGUUGUUAUCAACUGUACCAUCUCAAUAUUUAAAUAAAUGAUCUUUUUGUGAAAAAA